UACGGGGAAACAAAGUGGAGCGGCGCUGCCGGGCCAGCCUCCCCAGCCCGCCCGCCGCCGUCUUGUCGCGGACAUGGAGCCCGUGGCCAGCAACAUCCAGGUCCUGCUGCAGGCGGCGGAGUUCCUGGAGCGGCGCGAGAGAGAGGCGGAGCACGGCUACGCGUCCCUGUGUCCGCACCUCAGUCCCCGGGUCGUCUGCGGGAGGAGGAGGCGACCCCUGCCUGCUCCUGACGCGCUAAACAGUGGGCGGUCUGUGCACAACGAGCUGGAGAAGCGCAGGAGGGCCCAGCUGAAGCGGUGCCUGGAGCAGCUGCGGCAGCAGAUGCCCCUGGGGGCGGACUGCACCAGGUUCACCACGCUGAGCCUGCUGCGCCGGGCCAGGAUGCACAUUCAGAAGCUGGAGGAGCAGGAGCAGCAGGCCCAGCGGCUCAAGGAGAAGCUUCGAAGCAAACAGCAGAGCCUUCAGCAGCAGCUGGAGCAGCUCCAGGGGCUGCCAGGAGCUGGAGGGAGGGACAGGCUGCGAGCUGACAGCCUGGACUCUUCUGGUCUGUCCUCUGAGCGCUCGGACUCAGACCAAGAGGAUGUGGAGGUGGACGUGGAGAGCCUGGUGUUCGGGACUGAAUCAGAGCUGCUGCAGAGCUUCAGCGCUGGCCGGGAACACAGCUACUCACACAGUGCAGGCAGCUGGCUCUGAUGCCACUGCUCUCUCUGGACUAAGUCUGCCAGGCAGUGGCCCACACAAGUCCUGAGGUCUGUGCAGCCUGCUGGAAGAGACUCUCACUUACAGAGCCUUGUGUGAGAGCAGGACGCUGCCGGCUGGCUGCCCCCCCCCCCCCCCCCGGCAUCGGAUGCAGCGCUUGGCCCUACUUUGCUGCCCCCCAAAGGACAGGAAGCCUGUAGACCGAUUGUUCCUGGGCAGAGCCCCAGGCCUCUGCCCCACGUACACCGCACAGUAUUUUCAUUAAAAACCCUCUUUUGUAA